AUGGGCCAGGCGCCGGCCGCGGCGCUGCUGCUCCUGGCGCUGGCAUCUCUGCUCAAGUCUUUGCCUGCAGCAACUCAAUGUGAAAACAUUUACCAAGAUUUCUCAGACUGCAUCUUAAAACUAGGAGAAAACAUGGCCAGCUUUGAAGAAGAGGAGGAGGAUGAAGAUGAAAGAAGCCCGGAGCUGCGUGCUGUCUGUGGUUAUUGGGAUGAGUUUCACGCCUGCGCUAUGACAGCCCUGUGGGAGUGCCAGCGGGAGGCUGCAACCGUCUGGGAGAUGCUGAAAAAGGAAUCUAGGAAAAUCCAAUUCCAAGGCAGCCUCUUUGACCUCUGCGCCUUGCAGAAUUCCAGCACCAUGCAAAUUUCACAUAUAUUGCUGUUAAGCAUCACUUCGAUGGUCACUUGGCUUAGCUUAUAA